UGAUUUUUUAAUGUUAGAGAACAAACUGCAGGAAAACGCGGCUACUUUUUUUUUCUUUGAAUCAAAUCCAACCCGCAGGAGACCCAAAGUUUAAUCAUGUAGUAGAGAGAAAGACUUUCUGCAGCCAAAGGGUCAAACAGAAUCGGGGAGCAUACAUCUUCACAAGUUCUUUGACGAUGAUUAUGCUUUAUCUAUCAAUAAUAAUCAAGGACUGCAGAUGGCUUAAAUCUAAAUUCAAGUCAUUUCUGGAACUUCCAUCUCUGCAGCCCAUCCAAGAAUGCAUUAGGUAUAAUUACAAUUUUUAAAAUUUCUGAUUGUAAUUUCAAUGCAAAUAAGUGUCUGUCGCGUAGAAUGCUUUUUCUCUCCUGAUGCACGCAUCUGCUGUGUAAAGCGCGGACUGUCUGGAGAACACUCUAGCCUGGUCUAAAGAAGCAGAGAGGGGAUUUCGACCAGGCUGGGCUCACAAGCCAGUUGUUGGCGCUGUCCGUGGUGCUGAGGAAUUCCCGGCUGCCGGCAGAAUGAGCUCCGCAUCAGCAGUCUCCAAACUGCUCUCAGUGAUGCAGAAUCCCAGCUAAAGUUGCUCCUCUCCUUCAUCUCCACAGUUCGCAUUUUCUGGUAUGCGAGAUGCUGAUGGUGCUGCCAGCGGAGCGGGAUUUAGGCUACUGUGUGCUGUUGCUGUUGUGAUCCUCUGAUCCUGGCCAAAUCACCUCUGCUGCCGUAGCAAACACCGUGUAAGUGAACUCAUGUGGGGAGGAGGUGUAAUCAGCCAGGAAAUUUCAUAGAAGGAUCUAAGAAAAUUCUAAAAAUAAGUUCAACAUGAUUCUGCUACUGGGAUCUGGAUUUCUACAGGACCAGAAUUGCUUCUUGCAUUGAAUGCUGAAGACAGGUCCGAAGCAUAUUUCUUAUGUGUGUCUGCUGUGUUUCUCUCUGGAAGGGUGGGAGACUGCUUCUUGACUGUGUUUUGAAAUGGGAAGUAGAGAGAAUGGAUUGCCUUUAAUUCAAGCCUGAAAAUGUAUUCUUUGGUUGAUUAAGGAAGAACUGCUUUUAUAAAACAUACCUGACCUUUUAGUUCAUCUUGGUCUGUGACCCCCCCACUACCACCAUCAUUAACCUCCAGAGUGACUAGCCUACCCUUCUUGUAUUCCCAUGGAAGGAGCUGAAUAUAUUUAAUAUUAGGAGCACACCCAGAAGCCUUGGAGGAGGGGGAUGGCUCUUCAUAUUCAUGAAGCUUGCAUACUCCUAUUCGUCAUCCCUGGAUUGGUCUCCUCCGCUGCCAUCAGUCAUGAAGACUAUCCUGCUGAUGAAGGUGACCAGACCUCCAGUAAUGACAAUCUGAUCUUUGAUGACUAUCGAGGGAAAGGGUGUGUGGAUGACAGCGGCUUCGUAUACAAGCUGGGAGAACGGUUUUUCCCUGGGCAUUCCAACUGUCCCUGUGUCUGUGCUCUAGACGGACCUGUUUGUGACCAGCCAGAUUGCCCCAAAAUUCACCCAAAGUGUACUAAAGUGGAACACAAUGGAUGCUGCCCUGAGUGCAAAGAAGUGAAAAACUUUUGUGAAUAUCAUGGGAAAAAUUACAAAAUCUUGGAGGAAUUUAAGCCCUCUCCAUGUGAAUGGUGUCGCUGUGAGCCCAGCAAUGAAGUUCACUGUGUUGUAGCAGACUGCGCAGUUCCUGAGUGUGUCAACCCAGUCUAUGAACCAGAGCAAUGUUGUCCUGUCUGCAAAAAUGGUCCAAACUGUUUUGCAGGAACUACAAUAAUUCCGGCUGGCAUCGAAGUGAAAGUGGACGAAUGUAACAUCUGUCACUGUCACAACGGGGACUGGUGGAAGCCCGCUCAGUGUUCAAAGCGUGAAUGCCAAGGCAAGCAGACUGUGUAGGACGAAUUUCCAACCCGUGACAAGUUCUUAGGAGAGGAUGCUAUGGCUUCCACACUGCACAUGUUUAACACAGGACAGAACAAAAACCACACUCCUGCCAGCUACAACAGGGUCACCAGCAAAAACCUUUUAGGGUUGACAAAAGGAAUAUUUUACUAAGAGGAAAUUUCUCUUCUUCUCUUGCUAUAUAAAAUAUAUAUAGUAUACAGCUAUCUAAACUGCUUUUGUAAUUACCAAUGCUUGAUGGUGACUUAAUGACUGGGUUUCUGGAACUAAAAAAAGAAAUAGCCUUGCACAGGCUCCUUUCCUGGUGAUAUCUCUCACCUCCCAGCCUACAGUUCUCUGAUUUACUCCAUUUUACUCUUCGGGACACCCCACGUGGCAUUUUUCUCUUACAGUAGGGGGUUUUAUUUUGUUUUGUUUUCACUUCUAGAAUCUAAAUGGCCAGAUUUGACUGCACAGUAAAUUUUGAGUUGUGUCCAAAAAGUUUUGGUAAAGAAACAUCGGUGGGGAGGAUCCUUUCUCUACAGGAAGAUGCAAGAGCACCCAACCAGUCGCUCUCUUGAAGGGAAUAAUUCCCUGUAAGCUAAGAAAAGAGGGGUGACCACAUAGAUAGACCCUCUGCGGGGCUAGAUCAACUGGUACUUUGUCCAUUAUGUGGAGGUUUACGAUUUGAUUCUUACAAGCUACACAUUUCAUACACAAAACCUUGAAACUGCCAAUCAAAUGAAUAGGGGAAGAAAACUAUGGACUUGACUACAGAAUCCAAAGAGAGACAGGUAUUUAAAAUUGUAGCAUUCGAUAUCACAUCUUUUCAUGAAGCAGACUUGAGUUUGGUUUAUAACUAAACACACCGUAAACCCACUCUGUCACCAGGCAAUACAAACACCAGAACCAGGGUGAGUAGCCCCACUGUGAAUCUGAAUCCUUUUCAACACUUCUGACUUUCGAGCUCCAAUUUGAUUGAAAGUCAGUGAUACACAGCGCAGUUUUUAUGGUUCAGGACUGUGUUUGCCAUGUUGCAGUAACAACCACUCAACCCUAAAUCAAAACUCCAGAUUCAGGACACUCUUGCCACCUCAAGUGCUGAUUUCAAUUCAAGAUUAGGGUAGAGUGAAUCUUGCACAAUAUAAUUCCAUUUGUUGAACAUUUUUUUAAAUGUAUAUAUUAGAUACUGAACUACUAAAAAUGAAACUUUGAAGAGUCUCAAGGUUGCCCUGGCAAUGCUGCUAGUAUAGUAACAGAAAAAAAUAAAUACACAGGGUAUUUGAUGCCACCUCGGUUCAAGUGCAAAAUUGGUAAUUCUGAGACCACAUGGCCCAGUUAGUCUCUUAUUUCGCUCUCCUGUCCUAAAAACCCUGGUGCAGAUCCAGUAGGGUCCUUGAGGAUACUUUAAGGUUGUUUUCAUUAUCAGUGUCCCUUCUUUACCUUCUCUCACCCCAACUUAGUGUUCGCCAAGGUUCCUGUGGAGUGCUGUAUUCUGAAACAGCGCAUCCCAACCUUAGCAGAAUUGACAUUUACAUCAGAUCAUUUGUUUGUGUGCAUGGAGUGGGGUCCUGAACAUUUUUAGUAGGAGCCUGGCUUCUGUCUGUUCCCUUUGUGACAAUCAAAUGUCCUCAAGGGAUGGGUUUGGGCACAGGAUUUCACCUGGUUUCACUGGUCUAGAAUAAUCACAGAGGGGUUUCCACCAGGGAGGCAAACUCUGCCUGCCUGUAUGGCUUUGGAGAACCUGAGUCCUCUGAGUGAUACACAUACAGCAGCCUGGAAGUUUAGUUUCCUCUGUAAGGAAAAAUUCUUCUAACACUACAGGUCCACUCUCAGAACACCCAUUUCUAGUCUUGUUUUUCAUUUAAAAUUGUCAACUCUCCGCCCUGGAAAUGUCUCUUGUCAUCAAAAAAGAGUUGUCAUUUCCAAAAUUAAUGUGCUGAUGAGUUGCACCUGACACUUUUAUGCACACUGUGCUUGUGUUAUGAUACAAAUAGCCAUGCCAGUGCCACCGUGAGGAAGAACAUCUUGCCGCCUUCCCUUAGAACACCAAUUUGCUGCAAGGUUGGUGCCUUUCAGUUGCCACUAUGGAUACAUUAUAAAGACAGUCAUGAAUCAUUCAUGAACAACUCUGCAUGAUUUAUGCCUGCAUUCAACAGUAAAGGCAUUCCACACCUCAGCUUGGGUCUAGACAGAAACGUAUUAUAGAGCUCUUUUUGCCCUGAGGUUGCCUGUUGCCAGCUUCAAAAAUCCACACUUGGAAAGAAAUAAUAAUAACAAUAAUUAAUGACAGGAAUAAGGUCUGAAACUCAGAAAAUAUCAUUAAUAGAGCCAUGUAGCAUAGUAUCUUAUCUAUUAUUCAGGAGCUACUGUGUCCUUUCCAGAAAACAGAAAGAAAGUGCACCUGGGAAGCUGAGGUACAGAAAUUCUGCAUCAAAAUCUUAGCACAGUUAAAGUCACAGCAAGAAUCCACUAGAAUGGAGGAUGACAUCCACGCAGACACUGUCUUUAGAGCUGACAGGAAGUGUCACUCGGUGGGCUCUGCUACCAACUAGAGAGGGAGAGUUUUGUUGUUGUUCUUCUUCAGUUUGGGGUUUUUUGUUUGUUUUCAUUUUCACUACCAGUGUUUCCUUUAAGACUCCGUAGCUGACAUUUUUCCCCCUUUAGGGAGAGAUGAACCUAUACUGUGACAGAAUUUCUCACAGACCAAUCAACAUUUUAUGACUUCCUUCUAUCCAAGUCAUUGAGAAAUUCUUUCCAAACUCUGAACAGCAGAGUUCUGGUCUCACCUGCCAUCCAUUUAUUUAUUUAUUUAUCUAUUUAUUUAUUUAUUUAUUUUCCCUUCAAAGGUUUUGUUUAUAGCCACCGGGUCACCUCUGUAUCUCCAUUUUUCUUCUGUCUUUGGUUCUCCACUUUAACUACAGCUGUGUUUAAAUAAGGGAUCAACAUCUUGUUUGUCAGCUGAUGCCUGUUAAAAAUAUGAUUCAGUUUCUAAAAUCUUUGAAAAAUGGUGUGCCUGAAAACUAGUGAAAAAAAACAAAAAAAUCUAAACACUAAACUGUAUAAAGGGGACUCUAGCAACAAUAUUUGAUGUGUAAAAAAAUAUAUUAUUAAAAAAUUAUUUUGUUAAAUAUAAAGUGUGUUAAGCAGCAAACAUUGUUUGUGGCAUAUUUUUCUUCCCCAAUUUCUCUCUUUCCCCACCCUCAUGACUGAAUGAAUGGCUCUUGGUGACUUUUCUCAUCUGAAAGUACAGAUUUCAUUGCAGCCUUAUUCAAUGAAGAUUAAAUACUAGUUUUAGAAUGUAUCUGUGCCCAUUUUCAUACUCAUUAGACAAGUCAAAGCUGACUCAGGGAUCAGAGAAGAGCUCAAAUAGACAAACGAUGAGAGUGUGAACCUUUCCUGAUUCCAUGUCCAUAUUCAGUACUAGUGAUAACCUGUAAUUAUUGAGUAUUCUCACUUUGUCAGGGCCUGGAUUAUGCCCUGUGUUCAAUUCACACAGUCACUUUAUGAGGGUUCUGAUUUUUCUCCUUUGCACUGCAGAAAAUCAGAACAUAAAGAAGUUAAGUGUUCUACCCAAGUGCAUGGGUUAGGGAGCGGCAAAGCAGGAAUUUCUCAUAAAAGUUUCAAUGCACAAAAAUCAAGAAAAUAGUGCAAGACUCUUCCAUCUACCCAAAGCUUAGAUCCCUUAGUCAUCAAAAUUUUACAUAAUACUUUAUUCCUUUCCUCCAGCAAAUUUUUCUUUAAAACAAAUAUCAAACAUCAUAUCACUUUAUGAGCCUGCAACUCAUAGUAAUCAUCUUUUUAAAAAGUGACAUUUUUGCACAAAACCUGUUAUGUAUCAUCAAACCUAAUGAAAUUAGUAACCCCUGAGUAUCAUUUAACACCUAAUCUGUAGUCAAAUGUCUUAAAUUUGAUAAAAAGAGGAUGAAUCUUACAUGAUCUAAACCACCCUUAACCAUGCAUCUAGUUUUUCUGACUCUUAAAUUCAAAGUACAGAUUUAAGCUCUGCUGUCCACAGAUACGGGCUCUCACAGCAUCCGGGGUUUGUUGUUUUUAUUGGAGGAUUUGUUCAAGGAAUAUUAUUUUUUGAACCUUCCAUGUUAUACUUCCCCCUAGAACCUGAUGUUUCCCACCAAUUGACUUCUAAGGAGUACCAAAGAGCCCCAGAGCAAGACCCGUAGUCGGUGGCCAGCACUCAAAGGACAGCAUUUCCUCUGUGUGUAAGCUCUCCUCAGGUUUUCUUUUUCCUUUAGACAGACUGCCUGAUGCAUAGUAAAAAAGAAUAAAACAAUAUUUUAUAAAUUGCCAUCAUUUCAUGCAUUGUUAGAGAAAGAAACAACAAAACCAAACACAAAGAAAACAUCAAUAUCGUGUCCCCAAAGACGCAAAUUCACACUUCUACUGGACCAACAUUUUUCUAAAAGAUUAGACUUUCUUGUGUUUCAUUUUCCCCUGCAGCCACUUCUUGACUUUCUUACCCGUUGUAAAGGAUUGUUUACAGUCGAUUCAGACUCAAGCAUCACGGAGAAGCCACCUCAAAGCACAAGACAGAGAGCUAUGCAUAUACCAAGCCCGGUUCACUGUCGUUGGAGCGCGUAUGUUAGGAUUGUUACUCUUUUAAAGAAUAUUUUCAUGACUUUGAAAGACAAAAUGGUAGCUCUGAGUCAACAAACUCACAUGUUUCUGACUAUAUUCACAAGGCUUUUGUACCUUAGCUUGCUCACACUUCCCAGUGAGCUUCAAACUGCCCCGCUGGGUAUAAACACCUGAUUCCUUCAGCUCUGCAUUACCCACCCGACAGCCCAUAGUUGCCAUGAACAAGACAUGGCUGGUGCCUUUCACAAAACAAAAAUUAAAUGGGCCAAACUGUGUUUCUUUCUUGGAAUUUUAAAGCCUCAAAAUUUAUUUUAUAGUCUAAAUAUUUUCAACUGUAAUACUGACAUGAUGGCUUUCUUUUUAACUUUUGAAAAUCUUCAACUCAUCAUUUUUUAAUCCAAAACUAAUUUUUAAAAAAGAAACACUCAGGCUCAUAUUUGUAAACUAACUUUCAGUAAGAGUACUUUCAAAUAGCCAUACUUUUAGAAUUAAGUUUGAGCUUUGUAUUUUUCAAAAUAAAUAGACAUUUGAAGUGGAUAGGAGAGGAGAGGAAUUUGGGUGUAGUUUGCUACCAUUUCUUGGGCUUUUUCUGUCUCAGACACCGUAGUGGGCCUUUUCCAUUAAACGACAGCAUGCAUUCAUUAGUUCAAUCAGCAUCAUAAGCCGUGAAAUUAUGGACUGGUUUUUCCACUUUGCUGACAGGAACACUGAGGUCCAGGGAGAUUUUGUAGUUUUUCUCAGACUCACACAUUAGAAAAAGGUAAAAGCAGUUUUAUAUCAAAUGGUUGACAAUAUUAAACAGAAUAAUGCUCAUAAAGCAUCAAAAGGUAGAGACACAUAUAAGAAGACCCAAUUACACAUCACCUAUCACUAUGAGACCGGUGUAAACAGAGGAGAUAAGGGUGACCUGAGAUGGCUUUGAAUCUAGAGGCUUAGGUGCAAGUUGGGCAGGUAUGUAGGGAGUGAUUUUUGUGGAAAAGAAAAUAAAUAAUGUAUUUUUUUAUGUUGUAAACAUGAGGUGUGCUUUCAGUAUGAGACUAGAGAUGAAAGUGUACUAGGAGAGAUAUAACUAGAAAGAAAAUCCAAUUGUUAAGACCUGAAAAAUCUUGCUAAGAAAAUUGGGUGUGAAUUUUCCUGAUACUGUGGAUUAACUGACAUCAAAAAGUAAGAUAAAAUGGCCAUAUUUGUAUUUCAAAGGUCAUUCUGACAGAAGAUGGUAAGAUGAAUUGAAACCUGGAGAGAGAGGUGGGGACCCUGGUGAGAGGGGGUUACAACAGCCCAGAAAAUAAAAAAUAAUAAUAAUAAUAAUGAGAAUCUUUUCUAGCAUGAGGGACUCAAACAGAGCAGCUGGGACAAGACCACAUGGAGAUUAAAUGGAGAUUCAAGAAUCAAAAGUCACAUUGCUAGCUCAACAGACUAGAAGGACACUGAUGUCAGUAACAACAAUCAACAAUGUGGAAACCGGGCUUUAUUUCGGGAGUGCAUGACCUCAUUCUCACACCUUAUUCUGAACAUGCUAACAAUGCAUCAGAUAUUUAGAAUCACCUUCAUGUAUGCUCACCUCCACGGCAGCCCGCCCUGCUUCUGUUUGUCAGUGUUCAUCCUGAUUUGAAGAAGUGCAACUUGAAUAGCCAAAGUUCACCUCUGGACAUAUGUUUAGUUUUUCAGAGUAUUCUUGAAAUAGAAGUCAAAGUGGGACGGAGCGAGAAUAACUGGGUUUUUUAUUAGUUGGUAGACAUUAUUAAUCUCAUACCAGAAUUUGUUCAUGUACUGUAGGUUGCUUAUAAGUUUCGGAUACCCCUCUUCACUUUUGCCCGUUUAGAAUACAAAAUAUUAGCUUUCUUAUUGCUCACCAGGAUUCUGGAAAAUUUUAAAAGGCAUUAUUUAGCUUGCCAUUCUGUUUAUUUGUUCUUCCACAGAACAUAUAGGGUGCAAAAGCAAUUGAGGUCUUGGGAAAAACUUUCAAUUUGAGAUUUCUAAGAUGCUUAACUUUAUCCCACUUUACAUAUUGUAUAUUAUUUAUUAUUAUAUAGUAUAUAUUAAACUUUAUCCCAUCUUAUUAUAUACUAAAUAUUUUAUAUAUUUUGUAUUUUGUAUAUUGUAUACUGUAUGUUAUAUAUUGUAUCUGUAUAAAUGGGCUUUGUGGGGGGUUUUGUUUCAUUUUAUUUUUAAUUAAUCACAGCAUUGAGUCAACCAGACCCAUUAACUGCAUUUCUCAUUUAGACCUUUCAGAGACGCAUUUGCAGAUGCAAUUUAAUUUGUUGACCUGUGAUCGAUAGCAAUUAAUAGCAUCCCUUUAAUCUUGUAGAAUGGUCCUUCUCUAACUUACAGUAGCCACCUUCUCAAGGGAAAGGUACCCACACAGGCUGGUUUAUUGGGCUCUAAGCCAUAGUUCCCAUCAACCACCUACUUCCUGAUGACUUAGUAGCUACUUCAGAAGUCUCUAUUUUCUAACGCACUUUCGAUUAUCAUGCAAAAAUCCAUCUCAGCUCUACAAUUCCUCCACUGCAAGUUUAUCAUGCAAAUACCGUGGGCCUGGGAUGUUAAGACAAGUACUACAAUUAUGUUUUUAGCUCAAAAGUAGAUAUAACCUUUAAAGGUGUGUUAUACUAAUAUAAUCGAUGCUUCAAUUUUCUGGGGCUUCCUUAUGUUGUUACAGCUAACUAGAUCUCUGCAAGCAAUUUUUCCUUUUUAUGUAUUAUAUAAUGACAAGGUUUAUUCAUUUAUUAAAAAAAAAGAAAAAAGAAAAACUUACCAGCUUAGAAAGUAGGCAUUGUGGUUAAACUAAAUGUUACAUUUUUUUCCCUGUCCUUGGGGAGUUUGCAAUGUGGUGGGCCAAACCAAAGGCAAGUCUGCAACAACAGAACCGGCAGUGCUCUCAGUAUGAACAGGGCCAGGGGGAACACAGGUCAUCCUGGCCUGCAGGGAGACUUUCUGGGAGAUGGAGGUUGUUGUCUAUAAUUUAAAACGGAAACAGACCAAGUGAACAACAAAGAACAUGGUCAGUGUAGUCUUAGAGUUUAUAAGAGAGCACUUCUGCUGACACAGCUCAGAUCAUGCAACUGCUAGUGAUGAGAUCCAUUCACAUCAAUAAGUAUGUGCCCUGGCACAAAUCCAGGGCCCUGGAACGAUUGUUUUUAAAGCAAAGACAGGUUACUCCCACAGUGCAAAAGAAUCAUUUGUCAUGUUGACAUCAGCACAUUUUUUCCUAUGGUCAAUUCACUGGCCAGUGGAGUACCCUUUCCCCUACCCAUUGAGGGUUCAAAGUGCACUGUAUUUUAUUAAAACCUGCAUCUCUAUAGGAAUUUGGGAAACACCAUCUCCAGCAGUUGAGUAUUGUUGGCUUUAUCUAUUCAACUCCUACUUGAAACUGGGCUUAGUUGUGGAAAAGAAGGCUGGAGGCAGUGUUAAAACAUCAGUUAGCAAGCAAGAGAUGUUGGAAUGAAGAUGACAUCAUGAGGGUCAUCUGCAAAACUGAUACCAGUUUGCGAGUGUGUGUGUGUGUGUGUGUGUGUGUGUGUGUGUGUGUGUGCUGAACCCAGGACUCCUUCAUGCUAAUUUAUAGCUCCAGGUUUUUCUCUCUUUCUUUCUUUUUUUCUUCCUUUCUUUCUUUUUCUUUCUUUUUUUGAGACAGAGUGCCACUAAAUCACUAAGUUAAUGAGAUCACACUGGGCUCAAACUGAGCAGUCCUCUUGUUUCAGCCUCCAAGAGAUUUGGGAUUACAGGCAUGCGCCACAAUACCCAGCUACAAGACUUGUCUUGAAAAUCAAUUGUCAAGAAGUUCUUGUGUUAUAAUUUCACAAGCAGAUAAUAAAAAGAUACUAGGCAAUGUCUUACAGAUGUAUUUUAAGGUUACUGGUAUAUAAAUAGAGGGUAUAUGAUUUUCAAAUUGCGAGUAUAAAAAGGCUAAGGUGCAUAUAAAUGUGUAUAUUUGUAUCUAUGUAUAACUAGUCAAGACCGAAACAUGUACAGAAAUGUAAAAAGCUAUAAAUAUUGUGGCAGACUGAUGGCUGUAUCAUUAAGAUCAAAUACUUGCUAUGUCUCCAUCUACUCGAUAAAUGUUUCCUCUUCUGUACCUAACAAAUGCAGGCUUAUUUAGCUUACAGAAAUUCUUACCCCACCUUUGCUUUACCGUGAAGCAUUUCAUUAGUUCUGCUUGUUCAUAGAUUUAAUUUCCCAUCUCUAAUCAUUUGUGGCUCACAUGGCCCAUUGAUUUCAGAGAUAGGACACAUGAGCAUAGGCGAGUGAGAGCAGGACACAAAAGCCAAGCUGCCAUGGAAUCCAAAA